GUCUUUUGGAUCCUUACACCAUGGUCCUCACGUGUGGCUUUUGGUUCAAACCUACCCUGACUUAGGGCCCUUGAGCUGUUGGUUGCAAAAACGGUCCCUAGCGCAAUUCAAACUGGUAGCGGAGCUGGUUGCCGGAGAGUUCGCUCCCGACAUCCGGAGACGCGAGCCGACAGAUGCGGCUGAGCAAGGGGAUGCUGAAGAAACUGCUGCUGAAGUGUCGCCCCAGGCCCCUUCAGGUGAGCAUUCAGCUGGACUUGGUGGUUUUGCUUCACCCCGUAGUCAAGAGGAGCACGAUCUGUUGGACGUGUCCCCAUAUGUGGAGCUUGUCACUAACGUCAUGGAAGGGCUCAGAGGUGAUGCAUUUCUGAUGGCAAAAGACUUGGGUCUGAACGCACUGAUGGAUGUUGGCCCUCCUACCGGACUGGAAUUGCUGGUGGAGAGAAUCAAGGAGCAUGUGUUCUCUUUGAGGUCACAUGAGGCAAGGGAGCUUUUCAGGCUUGGUCAACAGGCAAAUGGCCCCCUCAGUCGACAGUCUGCAGAGACGAUCUUGUCCUUCAUUGGAAGGAGGAAACGAUGGUGGAUUCAGCUUAAGGAGCUCGACCCAGAGAUGGCAAUUUCCACCCAGAUGCGAGCUGAACUUCUCCUUGAAACAUCAGGCCUAAGCCGUCAGGAACAACUCAUGGUCAAGAUUGCCUGCCCAAAGCCCAGCUUUGAGGGAUACAGCGAGAUCUUGUUGGAACACCAUGGAAGGAUCCACUUGAGGGAUUCGAGGAAUUUGGCCCCUCCUUCAAGGCCCUUUCAAUCGAAAGGAGCAGGAAAGAACAAAGGAAAGGGGUGGUAUCGAUCAGGCUACAUUGCAGGUGAGUACGAUGGCCAUGAAGUGAUGAAGCAGCAGAUGAUGGACCCAGAUGAUUGUGACUGGGUGUCAGAUGAAGAUCUUGGCAUUGCUCUGACAGCUAUGGCUGCCUGCGACAUGGACGAGACCUCAACAGAGGGUCUUGAGGAACUUGGAGAGGCAUGCCAACAUCAGUUGCAGGCCUACGCUGCUGUAGGCUAUGGACACUGGGCAGGUGACCCAGAAUGCAAAAUGCCAAACAAGAAGCCGAAUGCCACUGCAUCGGUCCCAGGUCAAGUGCCGAGCCAAGGUCCACGUGUUCCUAGGAUGCCUGCCUUUCGUGCCAAGCGAGAGAACCCAAUGGAUGACAUGACCCUUCCACCAGGGAGCGACCAUGUCUUUACGUUUGGGCAGCACAAGGGGUACACAUACCAUGAGGGAAAGCGCAGGGAAGCCUUGGGAAGGGCUGUGAGUCAGUCUGCUGCACCCUUGGUAGACCUGGCAGAAGAUCUGUUGAAGUAUGAAAGGUUGGAACUCCUUUUGAGUACUGAGGACUCAGCCGUGAUGGAAGCCAGAGAGACGACCCAUGUGGGAUACAUGUCACUAUCCCCUUUGGAGGACGAGCUGGAAUGCAAUGCACUUCCAGUGGUUGAUGUUCUUAACGAUGAACAUGUCUGGGGAGUGUUGGACGAGGGUUGCAACUCAACUGUUUGUGGACAUGAUUGGAUGGAAUCAUGCAGAGCCAAGUUGAAGAACAUUGGUUUUGAUGCCCCCGUGCAGUCAGAUGAACAGAAGGCAUUCAAAGGUCUUGCAGGCAAUGUGCGCACCAAAGGUCGAUACAGAAUCCCAUUUGCGUUGGAACCUGAAGGUGGUAGGAAGUUGCCAGGUGUUUUGGAAACGUAUGUGGUUGGGGAGCCUGGUGAUCCCACACCCUUGUUGCUGUCACAGCAUGCUCAAGCAGCAUUGGGUUUGGUGAAGGACAUGGCAACAUCCACAUGCGCACUUGGUAGGAAUGGACCCACCUUGAAGCUGCACAGAACCAAGGAUUCAGGACUUUUGUGUGUUUGCCUGAGCAAGGGGUUGAUCAACAUGUCGUUCAAACAAACUCCAACGCAGAUCAGGGAGUUGAGAACCCCUGACAACAUGGCAUAUGUCAGCACCACUCCUCGCACCACGGCCCCUUCUGGACAGCAAGUGCUGAUCUAUACUGCAGGGAAGGACUUUUGCCCUCCUUUGGACGCUUACUGCAAUGACCCAACAUCGCGCAGCUUGGAGAGACUCUGCCAGAACUUUGGUCUGGGUGACAGGGAAGUCUUUGUGGUCGACGCCCUGGAGCUUGGAGACCCUCACCAUGACAAGAGUUUGAGGAGUCACAUUGGGACUCACCCUGACAUCUUGGCAGGGCUUGUGCGCAAUGAUUGGACGAUGCAAAUCAUGCACGCCUUGGUGAGGCGAGUGAAGCAAGCAGUUGAUGACAACAAGUCAGUUGCAGUGAUAUGUUACUGCAGGAGGAAUCGGCACAGGAGUGUGGCCCUGGGCUGGUUGGUUUCAUGCGCCUUGGAGUUCUUGAAGAUCAGUUGCGGUCUGACACAUGCAAAUGCUCGAACCAGUUGGGCUCAGAUGUCAGGUGGAUGUCGUGGCAGAUGUGAUCACUGCCAGCAUGUCAACACAGAUGCCAAGACCGAGGCAGAGGAUCAUGCAGGGAAGCUGUGCGACAUGGCUCGUUGUGAGAUGAGCGAGGAAGACAUGGAUCUGCUGGAUGAAGUCUGUGAGGUGAGGGGUAUUGGAUUGGCACCAGUACCAAAGGCAGCACCCACAGCACCAGCACCGAGGGCACCAAGGUCCAGAGCAAGCCCUCCAGUGCCUACUGAGCCAUCGAGAGCAUCUUCAGCAAGCGCUGCAGCACGACCUGACCCUGCAACACGACCACCACCGAGAACACCACCAAGAAGACCAUCACCGAGGAGAAGGACGCCAACACCACCGAGACGGUCAAGAUCUCCAGCCAGAGAUGGACAACAGACAGAGGCCUUGAUUGCAAGGAUCAGUGAGCUGACGUCAGUGGUGUCUCAGCUGGUAGCUGAGAGGGAUCAGGCACGAGCUUCAGCUUCUUCGACCUACAGGAGCCGACGAAGCAGAAGCGACUCCCGGGAUUCAAGACGACGAGGUCGAUCAAGGUCCCCAAGGGAGAGCCGAUUUGGAGAAGCGCCUUGGCGUCGAGAGGUGUCAUACCGACGACCAAGGACGCCACCGAGACCACCUCCAAGCCCAUCACCACUUCCUCGUCGACGACCUCCAGCAAGACCAAUGAGCGUAGAAUCAGUGAUGGCUGGUUGGCCAAGUCAUUUGGACUUGCCUGCAAGGGAGGAUGAUGGCACCUCCUGGAACAAGAGAGUCGAUGCCCACGGUCUUUCUGUGGAGCUGUUGGAUGCCAUGUGGUAUGCAGCUGCUGUGGACCACCAGAGUGGCUACAAGCAGAAGAAGGUGCAGACCGUGGAACAGAACAACAUGGCUGCGAACGUGAAGGUCGCAGUGCUCGGACCAGACUACAUUGGGCUGUGCUUGCAAGAGAAAACACCCAUUGGAAAGGGUAUCAGAAAGUCUUGGGCUUCACCUGCAAUGAGGGUUCAUGAAUGGAGUGUCACCAUUUAUGACUACAUCGACAGAAGUUGGACGGUCGAUGGAACAUACCCAGUGGAGACAGAGCUGGAGUAUCAACAUGAGUCCACUGGGAGGAUCUUGGUGUAUGCUCCCACAAGGGAAGCUGAGGGAACACCUCCUGAUGACCCUGGUGAUGCAGGAGACAAUGGAAAUGGAGACAAUGGAGACAAUGCAGAUGACAACAACGAAGGUGAUGGCCAUGAAGAUGGACAUGAGGAACAGAAGGAAGACGAUGUCGAAGAGAUCACAGACGAAAGUACGCACCUUGCUCUGGCAGGUGAUGACGGUGGAGUGGAAACCAUGGAUACCCAAGAAACCAUGGAUGUGAUUGAAGAAGUUCCCACAGCACAUGCUGCCGUAACUGCCCCAAAAGAAGAAAUCCCUGAACAGAAAACCCCUGAACUUAAGGCUUUGGCAGUAGUAGAAGGUACCCCUGAAAAACUUGCAAUGCCUCACUUUGCCAAGGCCUUGACGAUGCAUCCAAGCAAAUACAUCGACCUCAACAGCGACGACGACAAUGAUCCAAGUGGAACUACUGGGUCAGAAGCGGUUGCGACUGCAGUGAAGCUAGAGGUGAAAACAGAGCAUAACCCAUGUGCGCUGUUGGGAGCCUUGAUGUCCAGUGAGUCAAGAGUAAUGGACAAAAGGGACACAAGUGUGGUAACCUCAGGGUUGAAAAUCAUGCAACAUGAAGAUGAAGUCAUGAAAGCUAUGGUAGGGAUAUCCCACUUGCAAGAAUCGGUUCACAUGUUGGUUUUGAAAGAUUCCACAGUCAAUCUGUCCAGUUGGAACGAUGUGCAUGUCAUGACAGUUGACCCAAAUUGGGAAGACACGUGCAAGAAGCUUGCAGCUAGGGUCUCAGCCCAGAGCCCUGGACUGGUUGCAGUGCACAUGGAAAAUCCCACUUGGAAACAGAUCCAAGAUGUCCAUUGUGAAGCUGACAUGAAUCAAUGCACGGUUGUGGUCCUCACCCCAUACCUCGAGAACCUGGUUGACAAGGGUUACUGCUUUGGGGGUGAUUUGUGCCUGUUUGUUGCAGGAGACCGCAACGAUGCACUGUUCAGGCUGGCAGUGGAUUGGAACGAGGGUCAAGAGAGCAUGACUCCAAGGACGUUCCAAGAUGCAUGUGGUAUGGAGUUUCAUGAGCUGUUGAAAGGUCAUUCAGAGAAGCUUUACCUAGAUAGGUACGCACAGACAUGUUUUGUUGGUGAAGCAAUGGAUGAGUUGUCUGGAUCGGACGACCAGAUGCUGAAUGAUCCUGACAAACCUCUGACUCCAGCAGAGAACGAGCAACUCAUUCUGGAUCAACUUGCAAUCCCUGGAGCCCCUUUGGAUGAGGUCCAGAGGAGAGCGCAUUGGAGAGCACUGCCCACACGAACUAGGAUUGCCAUCCGACGUUUGCGCAGGCAAUUUGGCCAUCCAACACCUGCUACCUUGAAGAACAUCCUGAAGGCAGGAAGGGCAUCUCCUGAGCUGAUUGAGGCAGCUCGAUUGGUGAGGAAGGUGGAGGACAGCCUACUCAGAGGCAUGUGCCAAGGCAUUGAUGACCAAGUGGAUUGCUUGGGCUGGCUGGCCAAAGGUGUGAUUGAAGCGAAAACAGAUCCAACAGUGGCGUACCACAGGGUACACGCCGCAAGAAUGAGUGCACAGAGAGCUUUUGUUCACUUAGACACGAGCAACAGGGUUGCACAUGCGCUGACACGCAAUGCAGCGCCCCAGCACAAGGAAUAUGCAGUUGGUGAUUUGGUUUGUUACAGGUCUGCCAAUGAGAGCGAGGCCCUGGCUUUCUCCAUCUUGAAUGGGGAACCUGUGCUGCCAGACGCUAUUGUGUCAGGCCCUCAACAACAGAAGUACAUCCAUCUUGAAGAUGAACAACAAGGACCAAAGUUCCCAAACCCAGUUGGGAUCUUUGAUGAUGAUGAAGAUGCCCCUCAGGGGAGCAGUGCGCCGUCAAGAGCCCCAGCAACACCAGGGAGACGGUUGAAGGCGAAAGAUAAGACGGGCCAAUCUGAACGACCUGGCCCGUACACAAGAGCCGCUCCAAUGACUCCUGGUGCACUGCCUGGUGACACGAUGAUGGCUGAGCUAGUGGAUGGAGACCACGCGCAUUUCAAAAGAUGUGGCAAUCAGGCACAAGACCCAUUCGAACGCGCGCGAGCCAUGGAUCUGGAACUGGACUUGGAACCUCUGAGGUCCUUCAUUGCACAGCGCAUUGUGGAGGCCGAGGAGACAGUUCAAUCUGGGAAGGUGGCCAAGACAGUGGACAUCAGAAAGGUCUCACCAGAGAUCAAAGCCUUGAUGAUGGAAGCCCGAACUGCAGAAUGGGAGAAGUACAAGAGCUUCAACGCUGCAAUUCCCAUUUGGGGAAAGGAGCUUCAGAAUCUGCUGGAUGAAGGUCACAAAGUAAUUCCAUCUAAAUGGGUUGAAACGGAUAAACAUGAACACCUUAAGGGAACCCCAGAAUAUAGUCCCAAGAUGAAAGCUCGACUGGUGAUUUGUGGUAACUUCGAAGAUGUCAGUCGCGAAGAUGUGAGGUGCGAUGCUCCGACAGCAGAUGCGGAGUCCCAUUGCCUCCUGGCGAGUUGGGCAGCUUCGGAGAGGUUGCGUCUGAAGGGAAGUGACGUGACAAAUGCGUAUUUUCAAGCAAAGCCACUGACAAGGUUGCUACUGAUGCGGCAGCCGACAGGUGGACUUGGAGACCCAGAUGUGCCUGCAGAAGCGUGUUUGCUCUGUACGUUGCCCAUCUAUGGUUCAAUCGAUGCAGGUAGAGGUUUCUACUUGCGCAUGGAUUCAGAAGUGAAGACAGCAGGUAUGAAGGCGUCAAAGGUGAUGCCUGCCCUGUACUAUCAUCAGGACGAAAACGGCGAACUGGAUGCCAUACUAUGCACCCACGUGGAUGAUUUACUGUUUGCCCACAAGCCAAGUGGAGCAAAGGUGAUCCAGGAGAUCCUUGGAAAGUUCUCGGUCGGAAAGACUGAAGAAGGAAGCUUCAGGUACUGUGGACGUCGGUUUACCCAGCACGAUGAUUUCACGAUUGAAAUCGAUGCUGAGGAGAACACCAGAGGAAUCAAGCCAAUUUUGAUUGACAAGUCCCGUAAGGGAACUGACGUUGUCACGGAAAAGGAGCUGACAAGUCUCCGGUCAGUGACGGGAUCACUGGCGUGGGUAGCACGGUACUGUCGUGCAGACUUAGCGUACAAGGUGAAUGAGCUGCAGAGACUUUGCAAUCCAAAGGCCGAUUGGAUUGACUGGAAGGAUCUUGCAGUGGUGACGUACAGCGAUGCGUCAUUUGCAAAUGAGCCUGGAUACAAGUCGCAGCAGGGCAGAAUCCACUAUCUGUCUACCGCUUCGCGUUUGACGGAAAAGGACCAUAGCAUCCAUGUGAUCGGGUUCGCUUCCUCAACAUUGAAGCGAGUGUGCAGAGCAACUUUACAAGCUGAGUCAUGCGCACUUCAGAGUGCAGUGGAGCACGGUGACCGCUUGAGAUGUGUCCUGUGUGAAAUGACCGGCAAGUUGGCCACGAUGACAGACUGGCAUGAACAAUGUCAGAUGAAGAUGAAACACGUUUGGGUGUCUGACUGCAUGAGCUUGGUCGAACACCUGAAUGCAGAAGUGCCCAAGAAAGCCCAAGAUAAGAGACUUGGAAUUGAACUUGCGGCACUGAGGCAGUCCUUGUGGACCGGGAAUGGCCAGAAGAGCUGCCAGGAGUAUGCGCCCUGCGCGGACGAGCUGUGGUGGAUUGAGACCGCCAAAAUGCUAGCC